AUGUUCCGCGUGGACCCCGGGCUGGCUGUGAAGGCGACGAAGCGGCAGACGACGCCGACCCAGGUGACUCCGAAGCGGGGCCCGGGCCUUCCCUCGGGCCAGGCUGUGCCGUCUCGCUCGGCACUCUUCAGCCCCACCAGCUACUCCCCCACCGUGACGGCGCCCUCGGAGCGGUACGAGUCCCGCACGGGGCGCGGGGACGUCAUCGCCAGCUGGGGUCCCGAGGUGGCCGACUGGACUGCCGACGCCGAGCCGGCCGGCCCGGCCGCGCCGCUCGGCCCGGCCCGCCUCCAGCGGCCCUACCGCUACAUGUUCGAGCGGCUCCGGGACCGCACGGACGUGCUCAACGCCCACAUCCUGGCGCUGGGCGAGAGACUGCAGCGCCACCACGGCCUGGAGGAGUACGCCCAGCCGCACGCCGUCGCCCAGGAGCCGGUGUGCGCUGUCGGCCGGAUCGCCUGCGACGGCCAGGGUCGGCUCAACUCCAAGUCGAUCCUGCUGGAGGGAGGCAAGGGCACCUACGGCGAGGCGCGACACGUGGAGCUGGACGUGUCGCAGGUCCAGGACGUUGGCCUCUUCACUGGACAGGUGGUGGCGGUGACCGGGGUGAACCCCACCGGCAAGACGUUCGUGGCGUCGAGCAUCUUCAGCUCGGCGCCGCCGCCGCCCGCCGACCCGGCCCACCUGACGCACGAGCUGACCCUGCUGGCGGCCUGCGGCCCCUUCACCACCGCCGAGGACCUGCUGUACACGCCGCUCCGGGACCUGCUGGCCGAGGCCGCGCGCCUCAAGCCGCACCUGCUGCUGCUCAUGGGACCCUUCAUCGACGCCAAGAUUAUUGAGAACGAGCUGGCGGAGACGUAUCAGCAGCUGUGGAACCGGCUGUUGGAGCUGAUGCGCACUGCGCUGGCCGGGUCGCACACGCAGGUGCUGCUGCUGCCGUCGACGGCCGACCUGCACGCCGAGCCGGUGAUGCCCACGCCACCGUUGGCCACUGCCGCCGGCCCCUUCACCAUGCUGCCGAACCCGUGCUGCUUCGCCGUUGACGGCCUGGUGAUCGGAGCGACAUCUACCGACGUGCUCAUGCACCUCAGUCAGCAGGAUAUCAAACUGCCGGGCCCCGGUUCCAGCGACCGGCUGGCCCGCCUCUCCGGCUACCUCAUCGGCCAGCAGUCGUUCUACCCGCUGUACCCGGCCGAGGAGAGCGUGGGCCUGGACUUCCAGCACUGGCAGCAGCACUGUCAGCUGCCCGUGCUGCCGCACCUCCUCAUCACGCCCUCCGACUUCAGAGGCUUCGUCAAGGAGGUGAGCGGGUGCCUGGUGGUGAACCCGUCCAGACUGGCCCGGGGCCAGGUGGGCGGGUCGUACGCCAGGAUCAGGACCCCGACCACCAAGGACGGCUUGUUCCAGGACAAGUUCGCCGUCCAGGUGCUGAAGAUCUGAGGUGGCCACGGACACGAGCGGGCGGCGCCACGGGUCGGCGCACGAUCGGCCGGGUUUUGUCUGCAGCGAUUUUCCGCGAGGAGCGAGUCGAGUCUGUUGAAGUCUAAGCGAGUCAGUUACGACGUCCUUGUGUCUUGUUUCUUUCUGUGUAUGUCAAUA